AUGGCUCCUAGUAAACCUCGUUCUGGGCGGUCCCUCGCGGACCAGCUCGCAGAUCUCGAAGAUCCGACUCCCAAGGACUUUGAUCCCGAGGACAUUGACCGCGAUGAGCAGUCAAGUGAUGACGAAGGGGCUGGCAAAGAGUCAGAUCUGAAUGCUGGUAGAGAGCACUAUCAAUCUGUGGGCAAAGGAAAACUUCGAAAGCAAGAGCCCGUCGAUCUGGGAAAGCAAUAUGCGGGCGCUCGCGUUAGCAGAGAUGACCUGGAUGCAGACAGCGACGAUGAUCCAUUCGCGGCACGUACCGAUGAUGAGCUCACGUCCGAUCAGGAAGAUGAUGGCGACUCCGCCUCGGCAGAGUCGCAGAGCGACGAGGACCUAGUGUCCGGGUCCGAGGAAGAGCAAUCGGAUGAUGACGAAUCGGACCGCAUGGAUGAUGAAAACGACCACGAUCAUCUGAGUGGUAGUGAGGUCCCUGAAGUAGAUCGGCCCAGGCGCAAGCAGAACAAAACCCACAAUGGCAUUGGUCACCUCUCGGAUAUGCAUGAUGACAGCGGGCGCAAGCAAGGACACUCGGAUGACCGAGAUGAGCUGCGGCGGUUGAUGGCGUCAGAUCAAAAGACCAUUGCUGCAACGAUUUCGCAAGCUGCCAAAGCAGAUGCGGCGAAAGGAAAGGCUGUCAAGGAGCAACGUACCACGUUUGAUGCACUGUUGAACACUAGGAUCAAGUUGCAGAAAGGCUUGGGUGCGAUGGAUGAGUUGGUGGGUGUGGUUGUGGAGAAGGAAGAGGGUGAGAGUGUGGAAGAAGAAAAGAGAAAUUCGGAGGCUAUCAAGUCUGCCGAAAACGCCGCCCUUGCCCUUUGGUCUACACUCGAAGAACUGCGCAUUGCUCUUGCCGACGCUCAUACUAAAGACGGAGCUAAAAAGCGCAAGCGUCAAGAUCCAAUUACCAACUCUACUUCGACUACUUCGCUCUGGGAGCGCAUGUCUGAUUUGGAGUCCGAGUCUCUCCUUCACCGACGAGCAGUCCUCGAUAAGUGGUCCUCCAAGGUUCGCGGCACCGCGACCUCCCUUCCUAAUGCCCGUGGAAAGCUGCUGGGAUCUGCAUCUGGUACCCAAAAGAUCACCGCCGUCCUUGAUGCGCAUGUUGGUACGGAGAUUGGUGAUCGUGCGAACAAGCGUGCACGUCAGACAUCUGCGGCCAAUGGCUCGACCCCCACCGGACUGCCCGAACCCGUUUACGACGAUACCGUUUUCUAUCAGUCUUUGCUCCGCGAUCUCGUCGAGCAGCGCAUGUCAUCCUCCGAAGCUAUGACCGGUGGCCUUGAUACCCUCCACCAGCUGCCCUCCCGCCUGCCAAUCCACCCUAUUACAGGCAUGCGCAACGACAAGAACAGAAAGGAAGUUGUUGACACACGAGCCUCAAAGGGCCGUAAGAUGCGUUUCAAUGUCCAUGAGAAGUUGCAGAAUUUCAUGGCCCCCGAGGACCGUGGCUCAUGGACAGUCCGAGCCCGGGACGAGUUUUUCGCUUCUUUGCUUGGCAAAUCGGCGAGUGGCUUGUUGGGUGAAGGAGACGAGAGUGCCAGUGAUGCCGAGUCUGACGAAGAUCGUGAGGAAGGUGGAUUGCGUCUAUUCAGAAACUGA